CAAACACUCUUGUACGCAACCUCCAUGAAAUUAGCUUGUUUAUAUUCGUCCUCGAAAGGAAUGUAAAACUUUAACUUUCUCUCCCAUGAAUUGUGAAGUUUGAGACGUGCAUGUGAGAUAUGGCCUUGCGUGCCAGUGCAGUGGAAGGAGCCAUGUUUUAGUCUCAUAAAAGUACACUGAAAUCGUGAAACGAAAUCUCCUCAAAUUCGGGUUUUUGAAAACAUGCCAGGUCAAAGAAAUGGAGCGACUGCAACGUAACGCUGAGAAAAGAAAGGAAUAAAAAUAUGAAUUUGCAAUGCUUUUCCGACAUGCUUGACUUAAAUGUGCGCCAUGAUCCGACCGACCAGUCAAACCUCCCGAGCCGUGCGGCGAUGGGCGCGCGGUCGUGCAGAUUACAAGGCGCCUUCUUUACUAUUUAACGCAUAGUUUAUUUCGCAUGAGCUGUUUUCCGUUCUCUGCUGCAUUUAAUAUUUUCCGGAUUCAUGUAAUCAUUGCGCACAGGGUUUCGAUUCUUUAUCUAGGAGUGGAAAUUUGGAGUUUUGGCCAGGGAUUUUGAGAUGGAUAGCGGUGCGGACAAGGGAGGAGAAAUAUUUCAUGCAUGGAGGGAUUCAAUCGCUGGAGGUGCUCAGAAUGCGAAUUCUAGUUUCUAUGCCAGGCUUCUCGCUGGGCCGAAUUAUAGGUACCAGGGAAGGGACGGGACUCGAACCUGCGCCGACACGACGGGGACCGCUCUGAACAGGGCGGCUGCGCCGUUUUUGCAGAACAGGCAAAGCGCUUUUGUGGCUCCCGCGGGGUCGAACACGGGACCGGUUGAUGAAUUUUCUGAUUUGGGGUUUCCUUUCAGUUUUCCUCUCCAUUUGGCGGCACCUCAAGUAACGGUGGUUCUGGAAGGGCGGUCCAUCUGUCAGAGGAUUUGCCUUGAUCAUCAUGCAAAUUAUGAGUCCUUUGCCAGAGCGCUGCGCAAAAUGUUCGCCGACAUUGUUGUUAUUUCUUCACUGGAUGACUCCUCUUGCAUUAAUUUGGCAAACGCCGUCCCAGGGCACUUGAUUGCUUAUGAAGACAUUGAAGGAGAUCUUCUCCUCGCCGGUGAUCUGUCAUGGAAAGAUUUUGUCCGGGCUGCAAAGAGAAUUAGAAUUUUACCGGCGAAGAAUCCGCCACGGAAGAGUCAUUGAUUAUCUGAGUACUCACAAGGAAUCAACUGAAGCUCAGUGGUUUUGAUUAUUUAAUUGUAUAAAUUGGCUGUAUGUGUAAAUGGAAAAAUAGCAUUAUUUUAUAGAAAUGAAGUUGUUGAUCUGUUUAGCCCAAGUAUUUCUGUCAUGAGUUUUGGAGUUUUCUUUUUCUCAACCAACUCCUUAGUUUGGAGUGGGAACAAAAACACCAAGUUUAGUGAAAUAAUUCAGCGAUGUAGUAAGAACAGUCUAAUUUUAGACUUGUCCAUUCAUAUGACUACUUAUUAUUAGUUGGCAAUAUGAUCAGCAGCCUGUUACUCUCUUA